AUGUCGAUCGGCCGGUCGAUUUCUGCCGGGCAGCUGCGCCACCGCACUCGAGUUUUUGUGGUGGCGCAAGACCCCAGCGAGGUAGGCAACCUCGUCUUCAAAAUCAAUCUGAAGCAUCUCUUCUCCUGUUCCCCCUCCCAGCCGGAGCCGCCGGAGGAAGAGGAACCGCAUGCCCAGCCCGAGGCCGUCGCGUGCUUGAAGCAAGUCGAUAACUUUGAGCGCAUGACGUUCGCCGCCUCGGCCUCUGGUGACGUCAUCGUCGCCGCUAACUACGCCGGUUGCGGCCGGACCCUGAUCUAUGAUGCCGCCGCCGGCGGCGUCUCGCCCGGGCCGGAGAUGCGCUCCGUCAAGAACUACCUGUUCCUUGUCCCGGUCGGCGACCGCACGUUCUUUGCCAUGUCCGCCUACUCGCGCCUGGACGUCCCCAAGGGGGGGCCCUGGUUCGAGGUUCUGCAGCAGCAGCUCCUCCCCGGCGGCGGCGGCGGCGGCGGCCGUUGGGCCUGGAGCGCCGUUCCUGACCCGCCCGGCCUCCCUCGUGGCCAGAGGGAGGACGUCCGGGCCUACUUCGUCGCGGGCGCGCGCGUCUGGAUCUCGCUGCGCCUCCAGGGUACCUAUUCCUUCGACACGGCGCGCCAGCGUUGGCGCAAGGAGGGCGCCUGGAUGCUGCCCGUCCUGGGUCGGGCCGUCCUGGUGCCUGAUUUUCUGGGCAGCGGCCGGCGGCUGCUCUUCGGCAUCCGUUCUAUGAGGGAUCACCAAUUCUGCGCCGUCGACAUGGACGCCAGGCCGCCGACGGUCCUCAGGUCCUGGCCUGAGGCAUUGCCCACCAUCGGGUGGGCCGCCGGAUAUAAAAGGUGCUCCUUCCUCCCCCAGGUGACCUACUUUGGGGGCGGCAGGUUUUGCGUUUCGGUGACGAAUCAGACCAACGAGGAGAAUCCACUCAGCGUCGCCUCCUUCAAGGCCGUCGAGCUCACCGCCGACCUACAGCUGAUCGAACGCCGGUCCAGCUACUACUUGAUGCCACAAAGCUCACGCGGGUCGCCGGUUACAGUAAUUUAG